GAAAUUUAUCUAAAGACAUGGUUUUGUUUAAAAUACUGGUUGAUGUAUCUCACUUAACAAUAUGUAAAUCCUAAAGGUAUCGAACAAAGUACUUCCAGUACAAAGAAAAACAUCUCAGCAAUUUCAUCCGUUGGUGACAAUAAUGUAAAAUGAAUGAAAACGACGACGUUUGGUUUUUCUUCACCCCACACUCAACGGCUAGUUUUCCAACGUGAAGUGACUGUUUAGCCUUUAGAGCAAUACCCCCAAGAUUCAAAAUCUGAAAACACACACAUAAUUCCCGACACCAUCUUCAACUCUCACAAAAAAAACAUCAUUAGGCCUUUUGAGUUUUGUCACAAAAGCCGCAUUCGUUGUCGAGAAACACCUUCUUCAUCUAACUUGAACACUCGAGAAUGGUGUACUCCUACUACACCCCCACGUACUACUCAACCCUCCAUGACUCACUCACCUCUCUGUGCAAGACCAUUCUUCCUUUCAGCUUCAAGAAACGACCGUUACCUGCGGCGGAACACAAAUUGUCGAAACUGCAAUCCGACAACCUUAAAUGGCAGCAAGACUCUUUCCACCAGGUGCUGAACUUGAUGGGUCUCCACAAAGAAGGCAUCGUCGCUGAAUCUGAAGUUUCGGCCUUCAGAACCCACUUGCUAGACACCCUCAUUGCUUCUCCUCCAGAACAAGAACACCCCGUUAUAUUAAGAGAUAAGCUUCUGUUUCUCCAGGAACUUCUCUAUGCCAAGUGCAUUUCUGAAGAAGAGUACCAUUCUUCUAAGAGGCCAUUACUCCAGAGACUGGCAGCACAGGGGGCUCAGAUUGAAGCUAGGGAUGUGAUCGUGGCAAGGCCUAAGGACUCAAAAGAGAAUUCAGAGGAAGAGUGGUCAGUGAUUGAUUUGAAGGAUGAGAAGUGCUGGGUGAACAAAGAGAAUUUGGGUAGUAAGAGCAAGUCCAAUCAGGGAUCAGCCAUGAAGCAGAUUAAAGGAGCAGCCUUGGUAUUUGGCUUUGGCAAAGGUGGGAAAAAUGGGGAAGAAAAGAGCAUGUUUGACUCACCUUCUUUGUCUGCCAACAAUGAAUCAAGGGAAAACCCCUUCUGGGAUGCUCAGACAAAGGAAAAACAAAGUGAAGGAAAGUCAAUUCUUAUGGAGGAAAGUGUGCCUCCAGAACCAGUGAAGGAGAGUGGCGGUUUGGACAAGUUGAAGAGGAAACCAUUUAGAACUUUGUUUCAUAAGGAGCAAAGUGGUGGUCCUGAACAAGAUCAAAGAUCGGGGAAAUCAGGUAAAAAGCAAUGGGGAUUUGAAGGGUUCAAGAAAUGGAGGAGAAAUGAAUCAGAAGAAGAGACAGCUCCUUUGCCUCUUAAUGAGAGUGAGGAGGCCUAUUCGGGUUCCUUAGCAAAGACACUUGGGGAGGGACCAGACACUAAGUUAAUAAAGAAGAAGUUGCAUUCUGAUGGUUCCCCAUCUGAUUUUUUUAUUGAUAAGGUUUUGGGAGACAAGAUAAAGAAGGAGUUGUCAAGAAUCCAGACAGAACUGAGCAGCACAAACCCAAAUCUUAAAUUUUCGAAUGAUCAGAUUGAAGCAAUUUCUACAAGAAUUCCAGUGGACAAGGCUGAGUUGAAAAAUUACUUUCCCAAAUCAUGGUGUGACCGAUACGGUGAUGUUGUGCUGGAUGUGGUGAAGAAAGAGUUCAAGGACCAUGUUGCGGAAAUGGAGAACAGGCGCAACAUUGCUAGAGAAAAACAAAGCAACUCUAGGCGUUGGACAACAACAACAUUUGACGGUGACGAAAACAUUCAUCCAAAUCUUUUUGGUCAUCGUGAUAAUAAUUCAGUUCGUAGCAGUAACAUUAAUCCAUUUUCUCAUGGUUACGCUUAGUUUAACUUUAAGGUGUCUGGAUCAGCUUCCUCUCUAGGAAACUCAUCCGUACAGUAUCCGUUGUAUUGCUGAGCCAGAAAACAAGACUUGUAAUUACUGUCUCAAUUAUCGAUAAUCCUACUCAACCAGGAUAUCAAUAUUUCUAUUGUUAUUAUUAUUAUUAUAAGUUCAGUUUUUUUUCCCUUA